UGGCUCCUGUCCUCUGGGCCCUAAUAAAUGCAGGGGCGAGCCUAGGGUUGGGUGCUACCCCUCCUGGGGAGUCACUGCGUCGUUGCAGCCCCGGGUUGGAAAGGGUAGACUCACCGUUGGCUUGUGUCUCCUUCCCCGAGAGCAGCGGCCUGCGGAGGCUGAGGAUAUGCAUCGCAACAGCUCCAAGAACGGAGUCGUUUUGGCUCUAGCGUCCCGCGGGCCCGACGGCUGUCAGAUGAUAAGCAGAGCCCAGCUGGGCCAGGAGCCCCCGCAAAGGACGGUGCUGGGGGUGCUCACCGAGAAUGGGCAGUACAGGAGGGCCUGUGGCCAGGGGAUCCCAGCAAUCAGCUGCUUAUCUGGAUCAGAAAAUGUCUUCCCUCCGUCUGGAAAGAAGGUGCUCUCUGACUGCGGGGUGCACGUGCCGGCCAAGCAGGGAUUUGAUAUCUACAUGGACGACCCUCAGCAGGGGCCCAGAGGCAGCUGCCCCGGCAGAGAGGGGGCGGCUUUUGGGGAGAUGUAUGAAGCAGACAGCAGCACAGUCAAGUCAGACCUGCACUUCCUACUGGAUUUUAGCACAGUUUCCCCUAUGCUGGUAGAUUCAUCUCUCCAUUCCCAGUCUGUGGCUGCAUCAGAUACUGGCACAAAUGUGAUAAACGUGACUGAAUAUGCUGAAGAAAUUCAUCGGUACCUUAGAGAAGCUGAAGUAAGAUACAGGCCCAAACCACACUACCUGCGGAAGCAGCCAGACAUCACGGAAGGCAUGCGAGCCAUUCUGGUAGACUGGCUGGUUGAGGUUGGUGAAGAAUAUAAGCUUCGCUCAGAGACCCUCUAUCUGGCCGUCAACUUCCUGGACAGGUUUCUGUCGUGCAUGUCUGUCCUGAGGGGGAAACUGCAGCUUGUGGGAACAGCUGCCAUUCUUCUGGCUUCGAAAUAUGAAGAAAUAUAUCCACCUGAAGUAGAUGAAUUUGUCUAUAUAACUGAUGAUACUUACACAAAGCGACAGCUGUUAAGAAUGGAACACCUGCUCCUGAAAGUCCUAGCUUUUGAUCUGGCAGUGCCAACCACCAACCAGUUUCUCCUUCAGUACUUGCGGAGGCAGGGCGUGUGUGUCAGAACCGAGAACCUGGCCAAGUAUGUUGCAGAGCUGAGCCUUCUUGAAGCCGACCCGUUCUUGAAAUACCUCCCUUCGUUGAUAGCUGCUGCAGCUUAUUGCCUGGCGAACUACAUUGUGAAUAGGCACUUCUGGCCAGAAACCCUUGCUGCAUUUACAGGCUAUUCGCUAAGCGAAAUUGUGCCUUGCCUGAGUGAGCUACACAAAGCGUGCCUUGAUAUACCCCAUCGGCCUCAGCAAGCAAUUAGGGAGAAGUAUAAGGUUUCGAAGUACAUGCACGUGUCUCUGCUGGAACCGCCCGCAGUUCUUCCUCUGCAGUAAGUGUCAGCGCGGAAGCAUCGUCACAUCUUGACGCCGGAGCAACAAAACUGGGCUUCGAUUUUUAGGUUUCUGCUGGUUGAGUCGACUAGUAUCUCUAUAGAAUAGGUAGCAUUAAAAAAAAAUGUAAAUGUAUUUAGUUCUCUUAGAUUUUAGUAGCUUGUACUAUAGUGUAAUAUUUUUAAAGAAUAAACAACUUGCCUCAUGA